UCUAGGCGCUAACGGUUCUCCAAAGAAAUCUCCCGGAAAGUAUUUACCAACGGCCAUCGUCGCGUGCGUUUUCAAAUAUUUUCCAAAUCGCAAAUCACCUUUUAAAACGGUCUAGCAAAGUGAAUUUUAAUUUUUGGAAUUUCACAAAUUCCAAAAGCAAGCAGCAGUAAAAAAUACACUUGCCCAGCAUCCGGUUACUCUACGGUUACGAGGACAAAUAAGCCCGAAAGAAAACUCAGAAAUGGAUUCAGCCGCCGCCGCCGCCGCCAAACGCGUUCAAAUCGAGAAGGCCCACAACUUCAUGCGCCAAUACCGCGAUCCCGAGUCCAGGGAGCUCAAGAAGCUUUCGGCCAACCAGUUCAUGGAUGUCUGGGCGCACUACGACAAGGAUGGAAAUGGCUACAUUGAGGGCACCGAGCUGGACGGCUUUCUCCGGGAGUUCGUGUCGAGUGCCAAUGCCACCGACAUCAGUCCAGAGGCCGUCACGGACACCAUGCUCGAGGAGCUGAAGUCCUGCUUCAUGGAGGCCUACGACGACAAUCAGGAUGGCAAAAUCGAUAUCAGAGAGCUGGCUCAACUUUUGCCCAUGGAGGAAAACUUCCUUUUGCUCUUCCGCUUCGAUAAUCCCCUGGAAUCCAGCGUUGAAUUCAUGAAGAUCUGGCGUGAAUACGACACCGACAACUCGGGUUACAUUGAAGCGGAUGAGCUGAAGAAUUUCUUGCGCGACUUGCUCAAAGAGGCCAAAAAGAUCAAUGAUGUGUCCGAGGACAAGAUUUAUGAGUAUACCGGUACCUCCCUCCAAGUAUUCGAUGCCAACAAGGACGGACGACUGCAGCUGUCGGAAAUGGCCAAAUUGCUUCCGGUUAAAGAGAACUUCCUUUGCCGCCAGGUGUUUAAGGGCGCCACAAAGUUGACCAAGGAAGAUAUUGAAAAAGUAUUCUCGCUCUACGAUCGUGACAACAGCGGCACCAUUGAAAACGAGGAGCUCAAGGGAUUCCUCAAGGAUCUUUUGGAGCUGGUCAAGAAGGACGACUACGAUGCCCAGGACCUGGCUGCCUUCGAGGAGACCAUCAUGCGGGGAGUCGGCACCGACAAGCAUGGAAAGAUCUCCCGCAAGGAACUGACCAUGAUCCUGCUGACACUGGCCAAAAUAUCGCCCGACGACGAGGAGUAAGCGGGCUCGAGAACAUACCAAAAGAGAUUUUAGCCAACUCUAUUUUUGUCACCCGAACGAGGGAAAUCCACAAGUGAGGCCGGGAAUGAGGGCUUCGAGGCAAUGUUUACUUUAGAGCUGCAUAAAAGGGGCAGCAAAGAAAAGAUUUUGGUAUCGGGGAUGGGUCCUGGGCGAACAGAGAUCCGAACCGAGACAAAGCUAUUGGUAACAUAAAUCUAAUAUUAAUGUUUCAAUCUUAAAUAAAUGUUUAUCGUACGUUAAGAUGUUGAGAGUAUAUUUCCCCAAGUCAAACCAAAACGGAAAUUUAUCCAAUCAAACAAUUUGCAACACUGAAUCGAGCCACUUAAAGUAAACAACUAAGAAAUGAUAACAUCAAGAUCAGUACAUCGAUUUUAUAUUAUAUUAUAUAUGUAUUUAUAUUUUCUAUGUGUAUUUGCAUAAAGUAUUUUAUUUAAUUACCAAUUAAACUUGAAAUAAAGUAGUUAUAUGUAAGGAUGAAGAUUUAUUUGAGAUUACAUAAGUAUAAACCUAUGUGUGGCUACAAUCUGUAGAUAAUUGUUGUUAAUAAUCGUGACAGUAUCCUUUAACUCAGUAUUCUUUGCCAGUAGUUCUCGGUGGGUGCAACCCACCAUAUGUACUCGAACUAUCUAUAUCUCCCGCAAACAUCAAUCAAUCAAUCAAGAGCCACUUGCAACAGCCCGAGGGUGGACACACCCAGUGCAGGUGAAUGCAAAUGUGGCACUGUCGAGCUGAAGGGUGGAAAUGGAUCUAGUUAGCGUUAGACACUCGUCCUUGCAUUUUCCACCCGAGGGUCUGCUCAAGAGGAGGCUGCGGGCCAUCUGCCAGCAUUUCCACUCAAUUCCUCUGCUUAGGCAAAUCGAAAACUAAACUUAAAGUUAACCUACAACGCUAUGAACUAACGUUUUUUCAAGGUGCUAUAGCUAUAAUUAUGACUUGUUUCAGGCCUUAUUCCUUUCCCAAGCUGUUUCCAUUCUAUUAUUUCAAACUAACAAUUAAUAACUUAAGCUUUAAAACCAAGACAAAUUGGUACAAUCUUGAAACGGAGUUUACCCAAGGAUUCAUUUUUAAAAUUUAAAUAUAAAGUAAAGGAAAUUCGUCUUUGCAAGAAAUCUGAAAGCCCGUUCUGUCAGCUUUGAAAAUGAAACCCUGAGUAAAACCGAUUGUACACACCCGUACAUGCAACAAAAUGCCAACUUAACAAUUAAAUAAACUAAUAACGAUACAACUCUUUAUGAUACUUAUGCUAAUCCUAAGAUAUUGUUCAAAACCACAUGCAUGUAAAGCUUUGAAACGGACUUUCUCUAUAUACAACAAGAUACCAAAUAUCGAACUAAAUGGAUAUAUGUCUAAAUACUAUGAAAAUUCGACAGAAAUGUUUUAAUAAAAUAAAUCAAAUCUAUGCAGA